AUCGGCGCGCCCGCCCCGAGUCCGCGCGGUUUCUGCCGGAGGGAGUCCGCCCCUUCGCGGUCAUGGUGCGCUGCGGUUGCGCGUGGCUGAGAAAGUAUGGAAAUUUCAUUGAUAACCUAAGAAUCUUCGCCAAGGGAGGAAGUGGUGGAAUGGGUUACCCUCGUUUAGGUGGAGAAGGUGGAAGAGGUGGUGACGUCUGGGUCGUAGCCCAUAAACAUAUGACUUUGAAACAACUUAAGAAGAAAUAUCCUCAGAAACGCUUUGUAGCUGGAGUAGGAGCUAACAGUCGAGUUAGUGCACUGAAGGGCUCCAAAGGAAAAGACUGUGAAAUCCCUGUGCCUGUGGGUGUUUCAGUAACUGAUGAAAAUGGCAGAGUUGUAGGAGAACUCAAUAAAGAAGAAGAUAGAAUUUUGGUUGCUAAAGGUGGCCUUGGUGGUAAAUUACACACAAAUUUCUUACCUUUGAAAGGCCAGAAGCGAAUAAUUCACCUUGACCUAAAAGUUAUAGCUGAUGUAGGCCUCGUAGGAUUCCCAAAUGCUGGAAAAUCCUCUUUACUAACUCGGGUUUCCCAUGCAACACCUGUGAUUGCUGAUUAUGCAUUUACAACACUAAAGCCUGAACUUGGAAAGAUUAUAUACAAUGAUUUCAAACAGAUUUCAGUAGCCGACCUCCCAGGUCUGAUAGAAGGAGCACAUAUGAACAAAGGAAUGGGCCACAAGUUCCUCAAGCAUUUAGAGCGAACCAGACAACUGCUCUUUGUUGUUGAUAUUUCGGGAUUUCAGCUCUCUUCUGUAACUCCGUACAGAACUGCCUUUGAAACAAUAAUACUUCUUACAAAAGAGUUGGAGUUAUACAAAGAGGAACUGCAGACAAAACCUGCACUCUUGGCAGUUAAUAAGAUGGACUUGCCCGAUGCCCAGGUUAAGCUUGACGAACUGAUGAAGCAGCUCCAGAACCCCGCAGAUUUUCUGCAUUUAUUUGAAAAAAGCAUGCUUCCAGAGAAGGCUGUGGAGUUCCAACAUAUCGUCCCCAUCUCCACGGUUACUGGGGAAGGGAUUGAGGAGCUGAAGAGCUGUGUCAGGAAGUCGCUGGACCAGCAGGACAGCAAAGACAGCGAUGCACAUCAUCGGAAGCAGUUGCUUCGUUUGCAGGUUUCCAGUGGAGCAUCUUAGAGGGAGCAUGCCAGAGCGUGCUGUCCACUUCCGGAGAGGGCAGCGUUUAAACCUAGUGCAAGGUGUUGGUUCUAACGAAGAAGGAAAUCAUGUUAUUUAAAACACAGAUGAGGGCUGGAGAGAUGGCUCAGUGGUUAAGAGCUCUUCCAGAGGUCAUAAGUUCAAUUCCCAGCACCCACAUGGUUGCUCACAACCAUCUGUAAUGAGAUCUGGCGCCCUCUUCUGGCAUGUGGGCGUAUAUGGAGGCAGAAUGUUGUAUACAUAAUAAAUAGAUAAAUCUUUAAAAAAAACACCAAAAAACACAGAUGAGCCUGGAAUGCACUAUGUUCCAAGAAACAAGACAAAUGUCACAUGAUCUCACUUACAUGUGGAAUCUUAAAGAAAAAAAACUGGACAGGUGGAAAUCCUGAGAAGUGAUGAUCAUUAGGACAGGGAGAUAAAGGUUAAGAGGUGUUGCUCAAAAGAUACGAAGCUUCAGUUGAGCUCUGCAGAUCUGUUGUGUAGCUGGUUGUUUAUGGUUAGAACAAUGUAUCAUAUUUUGAAAAUUUGUAACAAAGUAGGUUUUGCCGGGAAGUGGUGGCG